UAGCACUGCUCGACUGGAUUAAGCUAGUCAAGUGGAUUUCUUUUUUUUGUACCUAGUCUACUUUUUUUUUAGUUUGUCGUCUCGACACAAACAAAAUCCUACCUUAGACUUUAGUAAAAGUUACUCGUGACAGGAUUUUGUAUUUUUGCAACGACAGUGUUCAGAAACUUGUUCUUCACUCUUCUUCCGUGUCUCGUCUCAUGACAUCCAGAGAACUGUUUUAAAGUUGUUCGGAUGCUUUAAAUGGUUUCGCACCUAUUUUGACUCGUCUGUGUGUUUAAAUGUUGUGUCGAUAGAACUUUAAAGAAUAGCGGGAUUUAGAAUUAGAAAAUUCCUAAAGCUCAACGGAGAAAGAGCCUGUAACGGGACAGGUGAGCAAAGUUCAUCAUCAUCAGUAUCUUAUAUUGAUAACAGCUCAAAGUUAGUUUCCAGAGGCCACCAGACAGCCAUGAAGCUACCUCACCCAUCAAAGAGCUUCCUUUAUUUGCUCCUGACUUUUGGACCGUUUCUAGGUGGAAUGCCUGUUGAAGUAAACAUUAUGGAUACUGCGAUGUUCACUUGUAAUGAGACAUGUAAUGGACAUGUCUUAUGGACAUUCAACACGAACAAUGAAAAUCUGGACGUUUUAAAAUGUGUCCAAAAUACUUGCACAGAAGGAGACAACUUUAAGAACAGAGUGAGCCUCAAGCCUGGAACCCUGUCUCUAACCUUGUAUCCUGUUCUUUACAAUGAUGAAGGCUGGUACUUGCUCAUGUGCAAUUCAGUGUUUCUCUGUAGAGUCCACUUAGAAGCUCUUGUGCCUACUACUGUGAGCGCCUCAGUCAAAAGCAAUGUCACACUACCCUGCUACGCACGCACAGAGAAACAGAUCGCUGAUGACACUGUGAACAUCCUUUGGAAAAAAGAUGACCAAACGGUGUUACAAGUUCAAAAAGGAAUUACGACAUAUGGAUCAGGUUUUAAAGGCAGGGCAUCAGUUUCACUACACCAUUAUAAGGACGGAGAUCUUUCCCUUAACAUACUCAGAGUCACCACAUCAGAUAAGGGAUUGUAUCGGUGCUAUCACAGGGAUACAGAGGAGCAUGGUUAUCCUGCUGCUGUCACUUUCAACGUUACAGCUGAUCAAAAGUUCUAUGCAAAAAAGUUUGGUGAUAAUCUCACCCUGGACUUGUUCGACUCUGACCGUGUGAAGGUAACCUUCACCAGUCAUGAUGCGGCUGAGACCCUGGUUUGCAGUGUGACAGGAAACAACCCUAUAUGUUCAUCUGACUACAGUCACAGAGUAUCUGUCCUAAACGGCUUCCUCGUGGUGCAUGCUGCAACAUCCUCUGAUACAGGCACAUUUACUGUGAGAGACAAGAUGGGUGAAGUCAUUGGUGUCAACACUGUUACUGUGGAGAGUGUGACCCAGAUACAUCACUUCAUAACUGUGUCCGUACUAAUUGGUUUCACUGUCAUUUGCAUUUGCCUGAUCAUUUGGUGUCAGUGUCAUGGACAGUCACAAGCACAGCAGUAUCGCUGCAGUUAUAAUGCAGUACUGUCUAAUGUGGAUAUAAACCCAGAACCAUUGAGAGAGCCUGCAUGCAUUGGAUUGUCACAACAAGAAACCAGCCCAGAGCCUGACGUUUGUCCUCGCACACCUGUAGAGGAGACCAUGCCUGAGACUGUGAGGACCACUGAGAAGCAAGACAACACUGAAGAGUAUAUAACUACUGGAAUUGCAUUUGAAGAAACAAUAUAGGAAUACUUUAAGAGAACUGAAAAACUGCUCAAGUGUUUUUCUUCUGCUGUAUUAUAUGCUAUGAGAAAUAUGGCAUUACAUUUUUGAGGUAUUCUUUAAAUUACUGCAUUACUGUGCCAGUAAACUUUAUGGGAAAGGAGAGGAAUUAUA